CUAGCGAGAGUUGUGCACAUUUACACAUUAUUCUAAAAAAAAGAAAAGAAAAAGAGUAUGUUAUUGAGACUCUCGCGAGUGGACACGAGAGAGUUCCUCGUUGCAGAAGAGAGAUAAAUCAAGAAGACGGACUUAUUUUUUACGGGGGUUGGAAAACGCUCUUUCUCUCUCUUUCGAAGGAGUUCGCGCGCGAGUGACGGACCCUCUUCCCCUCGUCGACCUGAGAGAGAGAGAAAAUGCGUCCGAGCGGUUGUCGCGGGUGUCAUGCAUCGAGCCGCAGCAGGAAUGAUUCGCGCCUCCGUCCCCGAAAAUCGAGUUCCACGGCCCAGUGGUACGUGUUGUCGUCGCGGACGAGGAUCGCUCCUGGAGACACCCGGAGUACGACGACUUCCUGUGCGAUUUCUUGGUUUGUAGCAUCAGUGAGUUUAGCUUGCGGAAUCAGUAAGCUAUCGACAUUAGGAUUGAGUAACCAGUGAUUUGUGGAUUGAAGGAAAGAAUGUCACUAAAACCUAAAAGAGUGGAUUUCAAUCAGACCUGGCAUGAACUACAAGAGACUGUCAAAGGAGUAAUAACAUUAGCAAAUAUUCCACGUGCUAUAUGGAAUGACAGAUUUAGUGAUGUUUAUUCUUUGUGCGUCGCAUAUCCCGAACCACUGGCAGAUCGUUUAUACGAUGAGACAAAAAGGUUCUUGGUUAAUCAUGUAGAUCAUUUAUUGGUAGAAGUCGAUUCGUAUAAUGACAACACAGAUUUGCUCUCGGCGUAUCAUCGAGCAUGGACAGAGUAUUCGCAGGGCAUUUAUUACUUACAUAGUUUAUACUUGUACCUCAAUCAACAGCACAUUAAGAAACAAAAGCUCUCGGAGGCGGAACUCAUCUAUGGCGCGAGUUCCAACAGGGAUGAAGAAUGCCAAGAGCAGAUGGAGAUUGGUGAGCUAGGUUUGGACAUUUGGAAAAAAAUGAUAAUACCGCUUAGAGAAAAGCUCGUCUCACUUCUACUCAUAUGUAUCGACGCCGAUAGAGAUUCGAAAUUGCUCGCCCCGACCGACGUUAUUUGUGGUGUUAUACAGAGCUUUGUUCGGGUGGAAGAGUACAAGAUGAAGGGACAAUUAAAUUUGUAUCAAGAAGCCUUCGAGGAACCUUUCUUGAAAGCUAGCAGAGAAUUUUACAUGGCGGAAGCAAUGUCGUUACUGCAACAGUUGGAUGUUACACGUUACAUGGAGAAAGUAACAUGGAGACUCAAUCAAGAGGAAGCACGCGCGCACAAAUUCCUUCACAAGAGUUCUGUACCAAAGGUGAGAACGUGUUGUGAGGAGAAAAUGGUAGAUGCGCAGGCAGAUUGGCUUCAUGCAGAAGCAGAAAUCAUGAUAAAAAAUGAGAGUAAACGAGAUCUGGCUCUUCUUUAUCCAUUAUUAAGGCCUUUGCCAGGAGGUUUAGAUCCACUUGUACAAAAACUCACUCGACACAUCACACAACAAGGAUUACAGGCAAUUGGACCUUUACAAGGAGAAAAUGUGUACACGCAAUUUGUGGAGAGUAUGUUGAAUGUACAUUCUAAAUAUUCAGAAUUAAUUAGAGAUGUGUUCAAAGGUGAUCAAAGUUUCGUAGGUGCUCUUGAUAAAGCUUGUUCUGCUAUCGUGAAUUAUAGGCCUGCUCCAAAGCAGCCAGUUCGAGCACCAGAAUUGCUGGCGAAAUAUUGCGACUCUUUGUUGAAAAAGUCCCCGAAAGCGGCUUCAGAGAGCGAAAUCGAGGACAAACUGAGACGCUCCAUAACUGUGUUCAAGUAUGUCGACGACAAGGAUGUAUUUCAAAAAUUCUACUCGCGUAUGUUGGCAAAGCGACUGAUACAUCAGCAGUCGCAGUCGAUGGACGCCGAGGAGAUGAUGAUCGACGAUCUAAAGCGAGCGUGUGGUUACGAGUUCACGAACAAAUUGCAUCGCAUGUUUACGGACAUGUCCGUCUCGGCGGAUCUCAAUGCGAAAUUCACGGCGACCUUACGGGAAGGCGAUGGGGAGAAUCAAUUGGGCACCGGUUUCGGGGUCAAGGUGUUGCAAGCUGGUGCUUGGCCGCUCGCUUUGCCACCGUCUCCUGGACCGUUUCACGUUCCCCAGCAGUUGGAAAAGUCCAUACAGGCUUUCGAAUCGUUCUAUCACAUGCAGUUCAGCGGUCGUAAACUCACGUGGCUGCAUCAUUUGAGUCAGGGCGAGCUCAAGUUCAAUUACUUGAAGAAAUCGUAUCUGGUAACCGUGCAGACAUAUCAAAUGGCGUUACUGCUGCUUUUCGAGCACUGCGACGCGAUACCGUGCAGAGAAGCGGCGGUAUCGUUACGUCUGUCACACGAUCAGCUGGUGAAACACGCCGCCAGUCUUGUAGAUUGCAAGAUCCUCAAUAAAUCCGCGGAGGAAUCCAGCGAACUGGAGGAGGACACUGUUCUCACGCUCAAUUUUGAUUACUCCAACAAGAGAACCAAGUUCCGCGUGACUGGAGUGUUACAACGUGAUGCGCCACAGGACGCGGAGGCGACGCAUCGCAGUGUGGACGAGGACCGAAAGAUGUUCUUGCAAGCAGCCAUAGUUCGUAUCAUGAAGAGCCGUAAACUAUUGAGACAUAAUCAACUCAUACAGGAGGUGUUGAGUCAAUCGAAAGUUACUUUUGCACCUUCCAUUGGCAUGAUUAAGAAGUGCAUUGAAACUCUGAUAGAUAAACAGUAUAUCGAACGUACUGUAAAUAGCGCGGAUGAGUAUUCAUAUAUCGCGUAACCUUUUAACGUUUGUCACUAAUUUAUUUCACAUGAGAUGCAUCUCAAAAAUGUUUUGCUGAGAGCUAUUAAGACCUCUGAUCGACAAAGGCAAUUAUUAUUGAAUUAAGUUUAAUAAUUAUCUGAAAGGAUGAUUCGGAUGAUUUCUCUUAGAGAUAAUUUCGAAGGCUAAAACGCUUUGUCAGUGAUGAUACAAAAAGGGAAUGGCUUUCGAUAUUUGAAAGAUUGGGAGGAGCAUCGUAGACAAGCUUAUUCGCAUCUAGGAUCCAUCGAUUAAUGAAUAUCUUAAUUAAUUUACUGACUUGUAAUAUAUGCACACACUGAAUAAAGAUGACGUUACUAUUUUA